UCCGUGUAUCUGAGUGACGUGGAACAACACAGGAGUUUGCUUAUGUGAAAAGGGCACGUUUCACCUUGACAAGAGCCAGUUUGGGCACCUGCUGCUACAGCUGAAGAGCCUCUGGAGCUGUAUUCCCAGUUCCUCCUCUGGCCCAGCCUUCCCCCUGCAGAGCCGCUAAACAAAUAUUUGUGCAACGUGCUUCGAGCUGACCAGAGGAAGACGUUGAGUUUCUGAGGAAUCUCUUGCAGAGUGAGCAUCUCUUCUAUAUUCUUUCAGGAGAUGCAUGAGAAGCUUAAGGUUGACUCUGCUCCCAGGCUGCGAGCGGUGAUGCUGCGGAGCUGCACCCGGGGACCACAGGACCCCCUCCGCCGUGCCCUGCCUGCCGCUGUCCCAGCUGUCUGUGACCGCCUGCAGGAGUGCGCAGCGCGGAUCCCGGAGGCCAGAGAGGUGCUCGCCAUCCUGGAGAAAUGCACUGAGCAGCAGCGCAAGGGACAUUUCCCCGUCGUGGUUUUUGAAGGGCUGGAUGCCACAGGCAAAACCACUGUAACCCAGGCUGUUACGGAUGCCCUGGAUGCCAUUCUGUUAAGGUCUCCACCAGCUUGCAUCAGCCAGUGGAGGACGAUAUUUGAUGAUGAGCCAACACCCAUUAGAAGGGCAUUUUAUGCUGCAGGCAACUACAUCCUUGCUUCAGAAAUAGCAAAAGCAUCCACUCAGGCACCUGUGAUUGUAGACAGAUACUGGCACAGCACAGCUGCUUAUACAAUAGCCACUGAAAUAAAUGGGGAUGUCCAAAAUCUUCCACCAGCUCAAGAUGGGGUGUACCAGUGGCCUGAAGAUCUGCUUAAACCUGAUCUUGUUCUUCUGCUGACUGUCAGCCCUGAGGAGCGAGCCCGGAGACUUGAGUGUCGAGGGCUGGAGAAAACAAAGGAGGAGGCUGAGAUGGAAGCUAACAGCUUGUUUCGCCAAAGAAUUGAAGAGUCGUACAGAAGGAUGAUGAAUCCUGCGUGCCAAGAGGUCGAUGCCAGCCCCUCAAAGGAAGACGUUCUUAAAACAGUGCUGCAACUAAUUAAAAAACACUGUGCCUUGUGAAAGUAACUUUUCUCCCCUAGCACCUAAAAGAUACUUUUUAUUGCCCCUCUGCAUCUGAUAGCUGAAAAGGCACUGUGAUAUAUUUUGUUCCCCAGAAGAACCUUUUAUUUCUUCUGUCUACAGUAAUCUGGGGAGAUUAUCUGUUUCACUGAUAUGUACUGUACUUUUCUCUAUAAAGCAAAAUAGCACUCACACAUUGUUAAACAUUCUCGGUAAGUCCACAAAUGGUCUCGUAGGAAGUACAUGAGAGGGCUUUCUGACACUGACUUUUCAAGAUGCUAUUGGUUUGCAUCAUCAUCAUGAUGAGAACCUGCUCCUGCCUUUGCCACACACCAGGAUUCAUUGGAUUGCAGCAGGAGCAUUAUAAGUGCAAGAAGAAGCUGAAAGGUAAUCCAGCAGUAAAGCAAUAAAAUGAUCACAACUUCUAGGAUCAUUCCAGCGUUGCUUACUGGACUAGCAGAUGAGCACCUGCUGCUGUGAUGGGCAUCCUGGAAAAAAUUUCUCAUAAAUAAGGGCUUCUAAGCAUCUAGGACUCAAAGGAAUAAAGUCCAAGCUUGUCAACAUAUGCAAAGGAAAUGCCAAUUCUUUUCAGAGGGAAAAAGCAUUCUGACAUGUUAGAAACAGAGAUUAAAUACAUCUUAUAAAUGAUUGUUUAAAUAUUUUUUCAAAAAACAGUUUCUCUAUCCUAUUAAUAGGUUUAUUAAGGUGAGUUUUGUUCUUUUGAGGGAAUGUUAAAUGAAAAAAUGUAGAGAAUUGGAGCUAUGAGAACAAUCGUGCCUUUUCACUCUGUUUUUUUUUGUUGUUGUUUGUUUGUUUGUUUGUUUGUUUGUUUUCCCCACGUUGAAUGUGAAAGCAGGAUACCAGCAAGACUUCAGAUCUGCAAAGGCUUAUUUUUAUAUUCAUUUGUUUCACUAUUGCUCCUAAGUAUAAAACAAUACAUAUGGAUAAGCCUUUGGGAGGUCAGAAAUAAACUGCAGUUCCAGAAAGAACACAACUAAAAUGCAAUUUGAUUUGAAACUCUGUUUAUGCUUACUUUUCUGUGUUAAGCAAGUGCAAUUAUCAAUUAAUCCAUCUUGUAAAUAAAACUGAACUCAGUAUUGCAUUCGCUAUAUCCAAUCUCUAUAUGGAAAGUGGUACAAAGAAAAUCUUAAAAAAAAUGCUCUUAAUUUACAUACAUUUUAUUCAUGCACUGUUUGAUAUUUGUGAGUAUAUGCUGCUAAUAUAAAUUUCUACAUACUGGUAAUA